CGUAAUACUGUCAUGCCAGUGACUGGGGAGGUCCCCAAAGUGGAAUCGUUGGUAUAGAAGAUGGCCUUUGCAACCUUCCUGUAUGACUGCCACCUCUAACCUACUUAAAUAUUUCCCUUGGAUUUGAAGGGCAGACCACUACUAGUCUACGCUCCACGACAGCUUCGCAGCAUUGGGGACCUUCAGGAUCAUAAUGACAGCAUUAGAAUUUGGUGAUCCCCCAAUUGGGUACUACGACGUGUCAAGUAUGCAUUCGCAUAUACAAGAUGUGCGUUCGCGGGUCAGCGCGAUGUGUAUCAUAUUUGUUGUGUCUCUUUUUGCAUCAUCAUUCCCUUCUAUUUCAAAGCGCCUCACAUUUCUUCAAAUACCUCGUAUCGUGUUUUUCAUUGGAAAACACUUCGGAACUGGUGUCAUCUUAUCCACAGCGUUCGUUCAUCUCCUUCAAGAAUCCUUUGAAGCUUUAAGCGAUCCAAUUUUACGCUCUCGCUCGAGGAUAGGAGAUUUUACUGGUCUUAUUGUACUGACCUCGCUUUUGUCCAUUUUCUUGAUUGAAUAUGUAUCCACCUCAUACGUGGACCGUCUUCAGUCAUACAAUUCACCACUUCCAUCCCCAGAAUCGACUACCCCGGUAAUUUCGUCGACACCUAUCUCCGCCAGUCCUACACGCCAAUUCGAUACGCCUAAGCCACCAGAAAGUCGCACUUCCCAAUCCGAACAGACGCAUCUCAUACAUUCUCAUACCUCAAAAAGCCCUCGACGUACGCGAUCGUUCUCGUACGGAUCUACAAGUGAGCAGCAUAGGCACGACUCCUAUUUCUUCGAGGGGCAUCAUAGACACGAAUCUAGGUGUUCCCAUGAUACACACCAUGAACGCGGCUUGAAGCUGUCAUCAUCAUACGGCCCAGAGGAACUCGGACAGGGUAUUGCGACAGGCGUUGGGAACGCACAUGAUCGGGAGCUGCAUGCUGGGAACGGGCAUUCACAUACGUUCGAUUCUGAAAUAGCUGAUGGACGAUUGGAGAACGGCGAACCUGGAGAGGUUAAAGUUGGGAAGAAGAGGCAAAUUGUCGGUAUUCUUGUUUUACAAUUAGGCAUCAUGAUCCAUUCCGUCGUCAUAGGUCUAACAUUAGCAAUAACUUCGGGUUCCGAGUUCACGUCACUACUCGUGGCUAUCAUCUUUCACCAGCUUUUCGAGGGGCUAUCGCUCGGCAUUCGGAUAGCAUCUCUUCCGGAUGGAAGCAGCAAAUAUAUGACCAUUUUGCGAUCUACUCUUACCAUGCUCUUUGCAGUCACAAACCCUGCAGGCAUCGUUAUUGGUCUCCUGGUGUUCAGGCGUGAUCACGACGUCACGGAUAUGCUCCUCACCCAGGGAAUCAUGUCCGCAAUAUCUGCAGGGAUGUUGAUGUAUGCCGCGUGUGUGGAGAUGCUUGCAGGGGACUUCGUGAUGGAUCCCAUUCUGUGGCGCAGCGAGCUUUGGAAACAGGCACUUGCAUUGGCAAGCUUGGGAGCGGGAGUGACAGCUAUGGCACUCGUGGGGACGUGAUGGUCAGCUUAACUGACUUGAUCAAACGCGUGCCAAAACCUCUUGAAUAGUAACCUCCCGUUACUUAUCUCUCUAUUAGUAUCUUGAAAUGGCAUCUGUUUUGCUAUU